AGCUAAGCCUCUGCGCUCCAACCAUCCAGGGGACUUGGACAAAAGUAAAUUGCAGGAGAGUUUUUGUUUUUUUUUUUAAACGGGAUCCCGCCGCCCCCUCCCCGGAAGGACGGAGGGACAAGAGAAGAGCCGCUCUUAGGAGCUGGGGGUGGUGGUGGUGAAAGAGAAAGAGAGAGCUUGAAUCCUAAGGAGGCGGAGGGUGGCGGGGCCAAGGAGGCGAAAGGUCCCGCGAUCAUGAAGGGUGCUGGCUUCCCAACGUGUCCUUUCUCUGCCCCCCCUCCAUCUUCCCCCAGGCGCUCGCGGUCUGAGACUUAGAUGGGAUUAAGCCGUCCUCCUCUGCCCGCGGGAAGAAGGGACUCCGGAGAAGAGGACGCGCGGACCAAGGAAGAGGAGGCGAGGAGGAGGAGGAGGAGGAGGCGAGGAGGCGUCCACGACGACGACGACGAGGAGGAAGAAAGAAAGAAAGGGCUGAGCAGCUGAAAAGCGGAUCUUACCCCCCCCACCCCCGCCGCCUUCUCCGCUUUGCAAGGCAGCCCGGGGGUCGGCCGGCGGCUCUUCAGGGGAGGCCGGGAGAGGGAAGGAUGCGCCCCCACCACGGCGGCUUUCUGAGGGAUCGGGGCGAAACCAUGCACUAAGACAACGUGAUGAAGCUGGCGUCGGAACCGGUCUCCAGACUCAGAACAGCGGCGGGCGGAUCAUCAUCAUCAUCAGCAGCAGCAGCAACAGGAAAAGCGAGAGCAGCGACGACGACCAAGGGGGGAUUUCCUUCUCUCUGGACCAUUUUCUAUUUAACCUGUUUCUUUGGAUUCUCGCAGGGAAGUCCUGAAGAUGUGGACCUUCUUCAGAGGUUGGGCCUGGUGGGCCCAAGGACGUCGAGUUCUUCGUCCCGCUCCGUUCCUCAGGGAGUCAUCCCCUUCAAGUCAGGGGUCAUCUUCACCCAGCGCGCGCGCAUCGAGGUGCCUGUCAGUACCGUUAUCCCCGCCUCCUUCGGCACGGACUUGGCUUUCGUGCUGAGCCUGUGCUCCCAUCGAGUCAACAGUGCUUUUUUAUUCGCCGUCAAGAGCGCAAAGAAGAAGCUGCAGCUGGGGGUGCAGUUCAUCCCUGGGAAGAUCAUUGUCUACGUGGGCCACAAGCGCUCUGUAUAUUUCGAUUACAAUGUCCACGACGGACGGUGGCAUAACUUGGCCCUUGACAUCCGAGGCCAGGCCGUCACCUUGUUUACCUCUUGCGGGAAGCAGAGGGUGCAUGCAGAUUUGCAUCACAAAAAGGACGAGACCCUGGACCCCGGCGGGUCUUUCCUCUUAGGGAAACUCAACCAGCACUCCGUACAGUUUGAAGGUGCCCUGUGCCAAUUUGAUAUUUAUCCUUCUGCCAAGGCAGCUCAUAAUUACUGUAAGUACCUGAAAAAACAAUGCAGGCAAACGGAUACGUAUCGGCCGAAUCUGCAGCCUCUUGUCCCGCUACUGCCCAAAGACCCGAGAGCUUCUGAGAUGAUUGUACCCCAAACGGACCUUUCUCUCCUGGGCUUGCUGAACCUGACCACUGUAAUCCCCCCGUUGUCUGUCUUCAGGGCCACCACUGCUCAGAGGAGCAAGAGACUGGUGGCAUCCACCACCAGCGCACCAUCGAAGCCCCCAGCUCCACCACCGACCCCCAAAGCUGCCAAGACCAUCGUGGCCUCCUCUCCCGUCCUGCCAAACACUGAAGCCCAGCUCCGUCGGACUGCUACCGUCACUCGUCCAGCUCACCGGACGAGGACCGUAACAGCGUUUGAGAAACCUCAUUCCUCUUCCAGUGUAAGUCUGGAAAAGCCUCAUUCUUCCACGUUGGCCUUCCCAAACUCGACCCUAAGCUCUGCUUCCAUCGUCCGUCACAAAGAGGGGACGAAAGAGGCCCAACGGGUGAUCAGCCAGAGCCGCACUUCCAGGUCUUCUUUCACAGCUAGCACCACGAAGCCAACGAUGAAGAAAAACGCCAGUUCGUCCAGCAGCCUCCCUCCGGUGACCCUGAAACAAAAGACACAGAGUGUGACCAAAGGCCCUGCAGCGAAGACGUCGAUGAGCUUGCCAGCACUGAAGAAACCGGGGCCCACCGAGGCUGCUGUCCUGUAUACCAAACCGGCCCUUGGAGCCACUUACCCUGUCCUCAGGAUGAAUGUGCAAAGCCUGAAUUUAACCACACCGGCCGCCGUAGAUGGGUAUCAGCUGUUUGACCCCAUUGGGCCCACCCUGUAUCCGUUUCUCAUGGGGCUCCCCGGCCCCAAAGGAGACCGAGGCCCUUCGGGUCCCUCAGGCCUGCCCGGUUUACCAGGAUCACCUGGAAAACGAGGACCACGGGGUCCUCCUGGUCCCCAUGGAAAUCCUGGACGGCCUGGCCCACCCGGUCCUAAGGGCCAAAAAGGUGAUCCUGGCUUAUCACCUGGAAAAGCACCUAAUGGUCAGAAGGGCGAUAUGGGUUUACCUGGGUUGACGGGGCUCCCUGGACCAUCUGGUAGGAAGGGACAGAAAGGUUUUCAAGGUCCAUCAGGUCAUCCUGGAGACCAGGGUGAAUGGGGACCCGAUGGAAACCCAGGGGCCAAAGGUUAUCCUGGCAGGCAGGGUUUACCUGGACCUAUAGGGGAACCUGGUCCAAAAGGCAGCCGGGGGUACAUUGGCCCACCCGGAUUGUUUGGGCUGCCAGGUGCUGACGGAGAACGAGGUAUCCCUGGAGUUCCUGGGAAGAGGGGCAAGAUGGGUAGGCCGGGUUUUCCUGGUGAUUUUGGGGAACGCGGACCUCCCGGCCUUGAUGGCAACCCAGGAGACGUGGGAGUCCUAGGUCCUCCUGGAGUUCACGGCCUCAUUGGUGACAUGGGUGCUGUGGGACCGAUUGGAUUUCCUGGACUGAAAGGAUUAAAGGGCCUGAUGGGAAAUCCUGGAGAACACGGACUGAAAGGUGAUAAGGGUGAUCAGGGAGUGCCUGGUGUUCCAGGAGACGCUGGAUUCCAAGGCGAUAAGGGUAGUCAAGGUUUACCGGGAAUGCCAGGUGCCCGAGGGAAGCCAGGACCUCCUGGGAGUGUUGGUGACAAAGGAUCCAGUGGCAUUCCGGGAUCGGAAGGCCCUGAGGGCUUUCCGGGAGACAUCGGCCCACCAGGACAAAACGGCCCCGAAGGCAUGAAGGGAAAACCAGGGGCACGGGGUGUACCUGGCCCUCCAGGGCGACCUGGCCAAGAGGGCGAUGAAGGGCCAGUGGGACCACACGGAAUCCCUGGGGCAGAGGGUCCAAUUGGCAGAAAGGGAUUUCCAGGAAAACCAGGUCCUGAUGGUUUAAAGGGUGAACCAGGGGAUCGAGGUAGACCAGGAAAAGUUGGCGAACAGGGUCUGAUGGGCUUCCUUGGUCCAGUAGGGGAACCUGGAAUAGUCGGGGAGAAGGGUGACCGGGGUGCAGUCGGACCACCGGGACCGCCAGGCGCCAAGGGGUCGAUGGGACAUCCGGGGCUACCAGGUGCAGUUGGCGAGCAGGGCCCUCCUGGACCACCGGGCCCUGCUGGGAUUCGUGGCCCUCCGGGAACGAGAGGCUCCAAAGGCCGUCGGGGUGCCCGAGGUCCUGAUGGACUUGUGGGUGAACCAGGGUCACGAGGCGCCAAGGGCCUUCCAGGAGAUCCUGGCAAAGAUGGACCAGAUGGGCAACAGGGGAAAAUUGGAGAAAUGGGAGAGGCGGGAUCCCGCGGCUUCCCCGGCGUCCAAGGACCUUCUGGGCCUCAAGGAGCGAAAGGUCCUUUGGGAGACCCGGGACCUCCGGGCGCACAAGGUCCACCGGGGCCUUUGGGAGAAAUGGGACACAAGGGACCCCCGGGCGCGGUGGGACGGCGUGGCCUUCCAGGUGAACCAGGCAUGAAGGGUGAUAUUGGACCGCUUGGGGUCCCUGGAGAACAAGGCCUCAUCGGACAGCGGGGUGAUCCCGGUCUUGAAGGCGACACUGGCCCACUAGGACCAGAUGGGCUGAAGGGAGACAAAGGGGAAACGGGCCCAGAAGGCGAAAGAGGCGAGAAAGGGCAAGAAGGCAUCAAAGGCAAAGAAGGGCCUCCUGGCUAUCCCGGAAUCACCGGCCUCCGGGGACCAGAAGGCAAACCGGGCCGACAAGGGGAAAAAGGCAAAAACGGACCGAAGGGCAGCAAAGGUCACCAAGGCCAACUCGGGGAGACGGGCCCGGCUGGGAGGACGGGAUCCAUGGGGACUCAAGGCCCGAAAGGAUCCCGAGGUACCCGAGGACCUAUGGGUUCUCCAGGAAGAAUGGGUGUGCAAGGUGAGCCAGGCUUGAAGGGCUACCAGGGUCACACGGGACCACCCGGCCCAACUGGACCGCCCGGGCCCAAAGGCGAAAAGGGAGAACAAGGUGACGAUGGAAAAGUCGAAGGGCCCCCUGGACUGCCUGGAGACAGAGGUCCUGCUGGUGACAGAGGGGACCGUGGCGAAUCUGGAGACCCUGGUUAUCCUGGCCAAGAAGGCCUUGACGGAGAGAGAGGAAAACCGGGCCAGCAGGGGCUCCCUGGACACCCAGGACCACCCGGGCAACCUGGGCUGAAAGGCUCGAAAGGGAGUCCGGGCCAGAAAGGAAAGGAAGGGCGAAAGGGUGUCACCGGGAGCAGAGGUUCGCCGGGUCUUGUUGGGUUGCCCGGUCCUAGAGGAGUGAUUGGAAGGCAGGGUCAAGAGGGGCCCCCCGGAGUUGAUGGGAUUCCUGGGAAAGACGGCAGCCUUGGGCAAAAGGGAGAACAGGGGGAUGACGGGGAAGAAGGCAUGCCAGGAAUGGUGGGGAGAAGAGGGAACCCCGGUGUCCUCGGUCUGCCAGGAGCUCAAGGCCCCCCAGGAUUCAAGGGAGAAAGCGGAUUGUCUGGACAAGCCGGUCCCUUGGGCAAACGAGGACCCCCGGGCGGGAUGGGCAUCCCUGGAAGCCCUGGUGAUCCGGGGCCAAAGGGGCAGCCGGGCGACUUUGGUGAAUCGGGAUUUCCAGGGAUCGCGGGCCUCUUUGGGCCGAAGGGACCUCCUGGAGAUAAUGGAUUUAAAGGAAUCCAGGGCCCAAAGGGGCCCCCGGGCCUGAUGGGAAAGGAAGGUGUCAUUGGCCCGCUGGGCAUCUUGGGCCCAACAGGAAGUCCCGGCCCGAAAGGAGAAAAAGGCAGCCGUGGUGAAACAGGAUUGGAAGGCCCGAAGGGUCCCCCUGGGCCUCGUGGACCCCCAGGGCCUCCGGGCCCACCAGGCAUCCCAGUGACACUGCAGCAAGACGGCUUUGGUGCCGCUUUCCAAACCGCGAUGGGUGCCAGCACCGGGUUCAGGCCUGAGAGCUAUCCAAACGCCGACCUUCCAGUGCUGGACCAGGGAGGGGAGAUCUUCAAGACUCUGCACUACCUCAGCACCCUCAUCCAGAGCAUCAAGAGACCCCUCGGAACGAAGGAGAACCCUGCCCGCAUCUGUAGAGAUCUCAUGAACUGUGAACAGAAGAUGCGGGACGGCACCUACUGGAUUGACCCGAAUCUCGGCUGUUCUUCAGACAGCAUUCAAGUCACCUGCAAUUUUACCCAAGGAGGACAGACAUGCCUUAGUCCCAUCACCGCUUCAAAGGUGGACUUUGACAUUGGACAAGUUCAAAUGAAUUUCCUUCACCUCCUGAGCUCUGAGGUGGUCCAGACCAUCACGCUCCACUGCUUGAACAGCUCUGUAUGGCAGGAAGGCGCCUCGGAGACAUCCGUGCGUUUCAGGGCUUGGAACGGACAAGUCUUCGAAGUGGGAGGGCUGCUCGAACCCCACGUAGUGGCGAAUGAUUGUAAGAUUCAAGAUGGGCAGUGGCGCCGGGCUGUCUUUAUGUUCCGGACGCAGGACCUACACCAGCUGCCGAUUGUCAAUGUCUACAACCUUCCACCUCCCGCACUGGGGAGGCAGUAUCGCCUCGAGGUUGGCCCUGUGUGUUUUCUUUAAACAGUGGCCUCGGUAGUCCUUCGAG